GACUCACCACGCCACAUCCAUUCACACAGUCACUCGAGGAGCAUAGCGAACCGGACUGCAGCCUGUCAAGUGCCUUCCGGAACGCCAUGGCGAACAAGGACGUGUUUGUGAUCGGCGUGGACGUGGGCACGGGCAGUGCACGGGCGGCUCUCGUGUCCGCGUCGUCGGGACACGUCCGGAGAGUGGCCGUGAGGGAAACCAAGACCUGGACGCCUCGACCCGAGUACUUCCAGCAGUCCACGGAGAAUAUCUGGGGUGCCGUCUGUGCAGCGGUCAAGGAAGUGGCCCAAGAUGUACCUGGUGAAAACAUAAGGGGGAUUGGUUUUGAUGCAACAUGUUCGCUGGCUGUUCUUGAUCAGAACCACUUACCAGUAACUGUGAGCCCAUUUGGUGAAUCUGAUCAAAAUGUUAUCCUCUGGAUGGACCACAGAUCAAAUUCAGAAGCUGCAUUUAUUAAUAGUUUGAAACCAAAGGUCUUAAAAUAUGUUGGCGGAACCAUAUCACCAGAGAUGCAAACACCAAAACUACUUUGGCUGAAAAAAAAUAUCCCACAGUCCUGGAAGUCAGCAUACCAUUUUAUGGACUUACCUGAUUUUCUGACAUGGAAAGCUACAGGCUCACAUUCACGCUCAUUGUGCUCAUUGGUAUGCAAAUGGACCUACAUAGCCAGUGAAAAGAACAAGGAGGGAUGGGAUGAAAAUUACUUUAAAAGCAUUGGUUUGGAAGAUCUUCUGGAAAACAACUCCGCAAAGAUUGGUAAUGAAGUAUUGGACCCUGGAACACCAGUCGGCAAAGGAUUAAGUGACGAUGCUGCUGCACAAUUGGGGUUGAAACCAGGAAUUAAAGUUGCAACCUCUAUCAUAGAUGCACACGCUGGUGGAGUGGGACUGAUGGGAUGCAAUGCAGAAAAAAUUAGCACAGAUUUUACAUCAAGGCUAGCUCUUAUAUCUGGCACAUCAACUUGCCACAUGGUUUUGUCGAACAAUAUCCAUUUUGUGGACGGUUUAUGGGGACCAUACUGGAGUGCAAUGGUUCCAAAUUUAUGGCUGACUGAAGGUGGACAAACUUGUACAGGGCAUCUUGUUGAUCAUAUAAUUAACACUCAUCCAGCAACAUCUUUGGUGAAAAGCAAGUUAGGUGCCAAUGAACAUAUUCAACAUUACCUUAAUGGAGUUCUUGAGGAACUGGCAAAGCAAAAAAACUUGUCCAAUACCUCUUUCUUGACUAAACAUUUACACAUGUGGCCUGAUUUUCAUGGGAAUCGUUCUCCACUUGCAGAUCCAACACUCCUAGGAAUGGUAUCUGGAAUUACUCUUGCCAAAGAUGAGGAAAGUCUUGCAAUUUUGUAUUUAACAACUAUCCAAGCCUUAGCAUACGGCACAAAGCAUAUUAUUAAUGCCUUAGUUGAGGGAGGCAUCACUAACAUACAAAGCGUGCUGUUGUGUGGAGGCCUCAGUCGAAAUCCGUUGUUUGUUCAAGUGCAUGCAGAUGUCCUUGGGCUGCCAGUUCUCUGUGCUAGAGAACCUGAAUCAGUUCUCUUGGGUUCUGCAGUGUUGGCUGCAUACUCUGCUGGAAUCUAUUCGUCUGUGGGAGAGGCAAUGAUUGCUAUGGGUGGUUUUGCAGAUGUUGUAACACCAAAUGAAAAAGUUGUUGAUUCAAGAUAUCAUGAUAAGAAAUUUGAGGUGUUCAUGAAAAUGGUUAAAGAUCAAAAAGAGUACAGAGAUAUUAUGGAGUUGUAACAAAAUUUCUGACAACUGAGAGAAAGAGAGAGAAAACAUCAAGUCCUUGGUAAUUGGUAAGAGUAUACAAAUUGAAAAAGUGGGUACCUUCUAAAUCAAAACAAAUUUUAAAAAGGAAGAAAACAGGAGGUCUUUGAACCUUGAAGCAUCACAUUAAACAACAAUGCAAUCCUAUUUGUUGUGAAUACUGAUUAUAAACCACUUUGGUAAAAUAAAUGGCAGAAAUACCUAGUAAAA